AUGAGUCUUCCAUUAUUAAUAGUCGACAAUGAAUCGUUUAUGAAUUUUAUGUUAGAUGUUGAUCCAAAGUACAAAAUGAUUAAUAGACGUGAUAUUACACGUUCGUUUCUUCCUAUUAUGUAUAAAAAAUGUAUAAAAAAGCUACAGGACAUUUGUAAUCGAUCAAAAUAUAUUAGUCUCCCUCUUGAUAUAUGGAGUGAUCGUAGAAUGCGUAGUUAUUUUGGCAUUACACUUCACACAAUUAUUGAUGAUCAAUAUAAAACUUAUGUUCUUUCGUUCGAACGUCUAAAAGGUAAACAUUCUGGUGAUAAACUUGCUGCUGAAUUUGAUCGUGUUAUACAAAUGUACAAUUUAAAGGAUAAACUUGUUAGAAUAGUUACUGAUAAUGCAAGUAAUAAUCAAGCUGCAUUUGAUAAUCUUAUAUUACCCGGUUUUGAAGAAUAUUUUAAUGAUAUUGAUGAUGAUCAAUCUGAACGUGAAACAAGUGAUGAAGAUAGUGAUAAUAAUGAAUUGUACGAAAAUAGUCAAUUACAAGCAGAAGAAGUAGAUGAUGACAUAUAUGAAACAACACUUAAUGCACCAGCUGAACAAGAAUUUUUACGAUUACCAUCGGAUCUUGCUAAACUUGCACAUACAAGUACAUCAUUUGCAGAACGUUUAGAAGAACAAAAGUACAGUAUUCCUCUUGCUAAUCGAGCUCGAUGGAAUUCACAAUUUCAAACUGUGAAGAAAGUUAUUAGUAUUCCAUCCUUCAUUCUUAACUCCAUUUUAACUGAUUUAAAAAAUAAUAAUCUUAUUCUUAAUACUAAAGAUAGAAAAAUUUUAGAAGAUUUUGUUUCUUUAUUUGAACUGUUUAAUGAAGCUACUGUUCUAACACAAGGUGAAUUUUAUGCUACUGUUAGUCUUGUUGCACCUACUAUUCUUGGUAUUCUUUUUGAUUUUGAGCGUGAACAUGCUUCUUCAAAUUUAUCUCUUGUAUCUGUGUGUGAAGCACUUCUUUCAUCUCUGAAAGCUCGAUUUAGUGGACUUCUUCGUCAUUUCGAAAUUGAUGUAUCAUUUACUUUUUAUUCCAUGUCUGAACGUUUUUCUGAUCCUGUCUUUCUAAUUGCACCACUUCUAGAUGCACGUUUUAAGUUGUUAUGGCUCGAUAAUCUUCAACUUGUGAUAAAGUUACGUGUUAUCGAAAAAAUUUACAGUACUUUUGUUCGUUUUUUCUCAAAAUUGAAUUUUUCUGUAUCACAACCAGAAGGAGCUGAUGAGUCGAGCGUAGCUGAACAAGAUAUUACCGAUAUGAUGACAAAACAUGUUGAUCCAACAACAAAAAGAAAAUGUCUUUUUCCUUACUUAAAUGAUACAAAAAAGAUUUCAUUUGAUGACAAAUCGAAAGUUUUGAAAAAUCUUUAUCCUUCUCUAUAUGAACUUAGUCUAAAAUACUUUCCAUUAGAAUCAACAGGUAAAAAUUGUCGAAUUCAAUUAAGUGGUCUUGAUUUAUGGAUAACAUUACGUAUAACUCGUUUAUUUGUUUAUCCAAAGGAAAUAAAUAUUGAUAAAUUAAAAGAAUCAGUUAGUCGUGCAUUAUCGAUAUGGCCAAUAAUGUCUGGUCGUUAUAUAGUUAUUGAUAAUGAUAAACAUUUUAUUGAAAUGUCUGAUAAUCCAAUUCCAUUUUGUUUUAUUAAAAAUGAUUUAUUAGAUAAAUCUCCAUUUGAUUCAAAUAUGAUUUUAAAUGUUAUUGAUUGUUCAUAUUUAUCAUUCAUUGAUCCAAUAGAUGUUGAUAAAUUAGUAGGUGGUUCAUUAGAUGAACCAUUAUUACGUUUAAAAUUAACACAUAUUGAAAAAUCAAAUGAAUGGAUUAUUGGUGUAAGUGGAUCACAUAUUGUUGGAGAUGGUGAUACAUUUUUAAAAUUUUUUAAUCAAAUAUCACGUUUUUAUCAAGAUAUUUAUACAAUUGAAUUUUAUCCUAUAUUUGAAAGACAUUUAUGGAAUAAAGAUGAUUUUAAUCAAUCAAUUUUAUCUCGAAUAAAAUAUGUUAGUGAAUGUCGAUCAUGUGAAGAAACUCAAAAAAAAAUAUUUGAUGAUCAAAAAAAUCUUUAUCAAAUUAAUUUAGAAUUUUCAAGUGAACAAAUUAAUGAAUUAAGAUGUUUAGCUGAUGAUGGAAAUCAAAUAACAAAUCAAGAUGCUCUUAUAGCAUAUAUAAUAUCAACAUUAAAUAGAUAUUGUUAUCCAAAAACAGAUCAGAGACAUAUAUUACAUGCAACAACAGUUAUUAAUUUUCGUGGUGUUUCAGAUUCUAUUGCUUCAAAAGAUUUCGCUGGUAAUGGAUUUUUUUUAUUAACAUCUGAUGAUUUUGAAGAUUCUGAAUCAAUAUUAAAUAUAGCUAAAACAAUUCGUCAAUCUAUAAAUCAAUCACGAGAUCCAAUCUAUCUUCAAUCGUGUCUUUCAACUGUUGAUCAUUUAAUGAGACAAUUAAUUAACGAUAAUAAAUCAUCAAAUGUUUUCUUUUUUAAUAAUGAUAUUUUUAUUAAUUCAAAUUAUCGAUAUGAUUGGAUUAAUCUUGUUGAUUUUGGUUAUAAAGAUCAAUGUCGAUAUUAUUCACCAUGGACAGGUAGAUUAUAUAUAAGUGUUUCUCGUUUAAAUCCUUUUUUUGAUGGAAAUAAUUGGAUACGAACAGAUAAAAAUGGUGCUUAUCUUGCUUUUCUUAUUGAAAAUGAUAUGAAAGAUUUAUUUAUUAAUGCUUAUAAAAACGAUAUUCAACAAAGUUUUCAAUAUGUUAAAUUAUAA